AUGGCUACUGUUGACUUGUAUCAACACAUACUGAAGGGGUCGGAGACAGUGCCGCUGUGUGACUGUGUGGCUAGAAUUCUGCGCUUUCUACGUCACCGUGACCCGACGGUGUGUAUCGCUAGUGUUGACGGUGCCCUGGAUGCUUUUGUGGGCGAGAAGCGUACAACCCAUCGCCAAGCUUUGCAGGCAGCUCGCGCCGGUCGAUCGGUCUCCGAGCUCGAUCCUCCCGCUCGUGCUCUCCUUCUUGAGCACCUUAUUGAGUGUGUUUAUGACGAGCGGCCGGACCUCAGUUUCAACGCUGUCCUCAAUGGGCCCAAGAGCAACACCGAGAAGGACGUCGGUGUUCUAGCUUCUACAGACGACGAAAGUCUUCUCAUUAAAGCUGGUCAAGACGCUUCUGGCUCAAGCUACUACUAUAUGGAUGAUCUCCGCCUCUAUCGCGAAACUCCUCAGGGUGGCUUCUCAUCACACUGGUCCGUUGCUGUCGGUCCAACAAUCCAGCAAUGGACCUCCUUUAUCGCCUCGUUGGGUCGUGCCGGAGAGGAGGCAGAGCUAUGCCACUUUUUAAAAAAAGAUCUCUUUUCAUACGUACAGGACUGUAUUGAGAAUCCGUAUAUGAAUGACUUUGCUGAUGAGCUCAACUCGGCUCGACUUUUGGAUAAGGAAGCGGCUGAAUUAGCAGAAAUUCGGCAGCAAAGGGGAUUGCCUGUGGUUUCUGCACCUCUCCCUCAAAUCAAAUCCUCGGCUUCUCCAUCCUCUCAGGUCUGUGUGCCUCUGACGACGGAAGGUGGCAGUGGCAGCAGUGCGGCGAGCAGUAGUGGGAACUCUACUUCCACAUGCCCUCUCACUCCUCCCAAUGAAGUGUCCUCUGCAUUACCUGGUGUAUCUCAGCCCUCUCAAUCUGCUGCGUCCACAUCGGAGUCAUCUGCCGCACCUGUGAAGGCCAGUCUCACCGCUCCCAGUACUCCAUUGGAUGCGACUCCGUUUACACGAAAUUACGUGUACUUUCGCACUGGCUUAGAUGUCUUUCAUUUGCAGAACCUCGCGGCGGAACGAGCCACUGGAGUUUGGAUGCCGGAUGGCGGUCAUCCGUCCUCGUCGACUGUAGCAGGCGGUUCGACAGCGACAACGCAUUGUCAGCACCCAAACAGCGUGGAACCUCCACACUCAGUUUACUCGCUCUGCUCCUCCUCACCUCAGCAGCAUAUCAAGGCGGCAAACGAGCCGGCAUCGGGGCAGCAGCGUUUACUGGAUUCACCCCUUCGCCGACCAGCCAGCGGACCUAUGCCUGCGGAAAUCACUUCUCAAUCAGACGGUGGCCAGCCACAUUCGGCUCCACCUUUCUCCGCUCCGUCUUCCGUUGGUGAUGGCCGCAGGAGAACUUCCAUGGCAUCUAGUCACGCCUUUCCUAUGAACGGGCAAAAACUUGAUGCUGUUUCCGAAGGAAUUGUUGAUGCAGUCCCGACGUCGAACAUUGCGAUGUCUUCCUCGAUUUCCUCUUUGGGUGGUAGCGCACCUCGUCCUGCGGCUGCAGCACCUGGUCUCCUCCCAACCGGCCCACUCAUGUUGCCCCCUCACGCCUUGGUAUUCACUACGGAAAUGGCUAACGAAGCUGCGGCCAAGUGUCAACGCACCCGAAUGCGCAUCACGACUUUUCAUUCAAUGCACCCAUUGGUGCAGCAGUUCAUGCUGCAAAGCGGCCUAAUUCAUGGUGGUAACCCCACUACCAUUGGUGGCAGCGCUGUCAAUUGCGCCGUCACUCAAGAACAACUGGAGAACCGAAAAAGUAAAAUGGCUCAACUAGAAAAAAUACACUCGAAACUUACUAAAAGCAAAAUGGCUUCUACCCCUGGCGCUGCGACGGUUGCCGCUAUGCAGCAGCAACAAUUGUAUGCGGCUGCCACUGGUAAUGGUGGUCAAUUGCCUCAGUCACUGCCACCACCACCUCCGCCUCCAUCUGGUACCGCGAUCCCUCCGAUUCAGCAUGAUCAGCUUACUCUUCCACCUCAUUCCACCGGAGGCAUAACUGCCGACCUUAAUCAGCAACCUCGUGGGAUGAUGGUUGUUCGAUCUGACGAGCGUGACUUUGAUCGGGGGCCGUGGAUGCAGCAGCAGCGGAAGCACUCUGGCGCAAUGGGAGAUCCUAAUGGGGUUCACUUCCAGUACAGCGGUUCAAUUGACCAUGCGAUUGUCCCCCCUCCUCCUCCAGGUGGUGGGGGCCCGCCUGUCCUUGUGGUCCCGCCGAACAAUGUAUGUGGAUAUCCGCCUCCACCCAAUAAGUUCUGUGUUCCUGCACCACCACCACCACCACCAUACAAGCGUCCCUACCCACCUGAGAUGACUCCUCCUGAACAGCAAUUCUGGGAUCAACAACAGGCUAUGUUUGAGCAGCAUCAGCAACAUCAAGCUAUGCUGAUGCAACAGCAGCAGACCGUCGCUACCACUUCGGUAAACUGUGGUCGACCAAAUUCAGGUAGAGGUGGUUUGAGCAAGAAGCGCAAGUCGGCCUCAGGAGCGACUGGUCGAUCGGCUUCGGCUCGCCUUCCACAGCUGCCACCUAUGUCUCCCUUUAGUAGCCCACAACGGAUGUCACAACCUCAGUCUUCUGUCGGACCGAUGAAAUCCGGAGGUUUUGGAAGUGUUCCUAUCGGGCCCCCACGAGGUUCUGCUCCAGGAGGUUCAUAUCAAACUAUGCCUGGUGAUCCUAUGAACGGAGCAUAUGUGAAUUCUAGCUACCGAGGGACUGGCAUUGGUUCAGCCAAUCCAUCGACAAUGAUAGAACAGUCUCAAUAUCCACCAAUUCCUCCUUGUUCUACAAACACGUCUCUCCCACCCACUUCCCAACAGCAGCUUCCCACUGGUGGCUACGCUCACCCAGCAGAUAGUGCCCCUGUUUCCUCCUCACCUACGCAGCACCUUACUUCUGCGAGCCUUGCCAGCCUCGCACGCCUUUCUCAGCUCUCGGGUUCUGAAGGCCCCUUUUGUCCUCCUACGGCCUCGACUAACUCCGCCUCUGCCUGUCCUCCUCCACCUUCGGGCUACUCAAGAAUGGCCUCUGCACCCGAUAUUCUUGCCUUCUCUGGUGGGGCCGGUCCUGGCAUAAUGUCUAAUCCCGAUGGAGAUCCAAGCUGCCUCUACACAAUGGGUUCUGCUCCCACAAACUCUUGUGCUACCGGUGGUGGCCCUCCUUAUCAAGCUAUAACGAUACCUCAAGGAGGUCAGCAGAUGUCGCCGCAGCAGCAGUUUUCCACAGGUCCCUCUAGCCAGCCUGCGAGUGGUGUUCGAUCCUUGGAUCAAGUGCAGCCACCGUGUUCCGGCGGUGUUUUCACGUCAUCCGAUCAACAACGCUCGAGUGUAGAUCCUCCCACUUCCGCGUCUCGAUGUCUUACUCCGAGUUCCGCACCACCCCUCUGUCCGACCUCCGCCUCUCCCACAACUCCUGCAACUGUAAACUCUGUGCCUCCUGUCUCUGUUGCGACGUCACAGUCUGCAUCACAGCAGCAACCACUUCCCCCUCCUCAACCAAUACAGGUCAAUAACACCUUCUUCAACGCACAAUUGAACGUUCAGCAAAUGAAUUAUCAACACAUCAAUGGAGGCUGCGGCAGCGCUCAGAUGCAGAUCCAGUUUAUGCAACAGCAACAGCAUCCCUACUACAGCAGCACCGGUUGCCCAAUGUCACAGCCUCCACCAAAUCAGAGGAUUGAGUCGCGUACCCCACAACCCCCAAGUAAUGUGCAAAUAAUGCCAAAGACUCCCCAUACCAUUCAAUAUCUUCCUACUUCCUCCGCUUCCGCUCCUUCCACGUCAUCUGCGAAAUCGGGCGCUUCUACUCCUCCGAUAACUCCAACAAACACAGUCAGUGCGCCUGGAGCACAGUAUCCAGCACAGCCGGCCCCCCUUGGUGUUAGUGGAAAGCCACGAAUUCCACAAUCAGCAGCCUCUACAGUUCCACCAUCCGUGUCAAAAAUCCAAUCAUCUCUUUCUCAGGUGGCUCCCAAUGCUGUGGCCAACAGCUCAACAGUUCCGUCGGUCAGUCCCUCAACGGUAAGCGUCGGUGCUGCUACUUCUGUUCUGACCACGCCCGAGCAUCGGACAACGACGAUUCCGUCCCGACAACAGCAACAACAAAGAGGUCAAAAAGUGGAUCCUUCACAAGCGCAUCCAGCACAACUUUCUAUGUCAAAUAUGACGCAAAACUCAAUGGCAAUAAGUAGUGGUGGCAGUGGAGUUCAUUCCGGGGAGAUGACAGCAUUGCCUGAGGGGAUUUAUGUAGGCAGUGGGCCAGCCACGACUCAGAAGUAUCCGCAGGGAUUCCCCAUUUCCGUGGUGGAUGUGCCUCAGGUGCAGCAGUUGGACAAUACAAAUCCCUUCGAUUUUCCUCAAGGCGCAACCACAUACUCCGUUUCCGCCUCUAGCGCGAACUCCCAGUCCCGAGGACCCUAUCGCGAGCAGUUGCACAUUCAUUACCCAUCACCCGCAAGUUCAAGCACUUCCGUGGCCUAUAGGGUGGAUACCGAGCUUCCGUCCUCCGCCUCCACAUCUGUCUCUGCCGUCACGCCUACAACAUCUGUCACCAAAAAAUUUGUCUCCCCGACCUCCCAGAUGUACAUGGGCGAUGUGACCUACCAACAGCAACGUUGGCAGCAACAGCAGGUUCAAAUGAUGACUGGAAACGACUUCUACAUUCAGCAAUCUCAAAAUAGCAGUAGUAGCAGUAAUAGUGGUGUCGUGAUGAUGCCUCCUACGCCGACAUUACAGGCAUCUCAAGCACAGCAGCAGUAUUAUAUGCCACCGCCCGCAUCAAUGCCGAGUCACUUACACCAGCACCUGCAACCGCAGCCUCCACCACAGGCCAGCCAUUCACGAGCCUACCCUGCUCUCAUGUAA